GCUGACACUGAUAGGUCAUUUAUGGGUUGUGUAUGAGGUAUUUGUAAUAUCAGGGUUUUGCUCCUUUUUUGUAUUUUUAAGACUUUACAAUUUAAAUAUAAUAUUGUGUAUGUGUGUCAAUUGCAUGAAUUCUGAUGUGCUUAAUUGGUGGUACUGCUAAGUUUUAUUAAAUUGAAGGUCAUGUGACCUUCCUGAUUAGAUUUAACCUGGAAGUGCUGCGAAUUGAAUGAUGAGAUUUAAACUUAGAUACACCUGUUAGAGCUCUUCACCAUUCUACUGCUGGUAACCAGGCCAACACGUUUUCACGGUGUUCCAUAUCUAUAAAUAAAACAAAUGGACAUCAGUAUUUUGGAAACAUGGACUGUUUAAUGACCAGCGAGUAGUUACAGUGAAAACGUGGCCUAAUUCCAUUCCACCAAAGUUUACUUCGGCUUCAGCGUGCGGCUUCUCGCGUCUGGGUCUUUCGGAGUGGUUGGCUGCUUCCUGCGGUGAUGGAGGCGGCUGUCUUCGGCGCGCGAUUCUAGUGCGGUAUUCCUGGAUCCUUGAGUGGUGCAAACUGGGUUCAUCGUGCAGCUGGUGCCUCAUUUCGUAGGACUGAUUGUUGCAAGUUUCAGCGUGCAACUAUGCGUCUUCCCGCGGUGGUUUGUUGCGGGUUUUACGUACAGUUGUGAUACAUCCCGAUGAAGGACUUUCUCACGCAGCCUGAUUCAUCCGUGCAUCAGCAGGUCAGACUAUAAAAUAUUAAAUGUUAUCUUUGGUAAAUGGAUGGUUUUAGAAGUUAAAAUAAAAUUGUUACAAGACAAAGCUGCCUAUAAUUAGAGAACAAUGUAAGAAAGAAAUGUCCUAGUGACAAUUGGUUCUUAAUUUGCUUAAUUGAAAUAGUGUUUAAAGUAACAUUUAAGUGGCAUUACUCUAUUUAAGAGUUUCACUGUUAUUGACUGUUAUUUUAUUAUGUGUUGUAUUGUUGUUUAAAGUGUUAAAUUUUUAAGAGCGAAAAUGUCAGUUCAGGGUGAUUUAGCAGAGCAAAAUGAAUCUCCAUUACAAGUUAAUGAGUGUGUUGUGAGAAAUCGACAUGAAUCAUGUACCACAUGUACUGAAAAAUCUGAGGCAAGACUUAAAGAGCUUAAUUCUACUUUAUUAAAGACCAAUGAAAUUAGGAAAUCUUCCCGUGAUAAACAUUUAACACCAAAGAUGCAGGAGUUAAAAGCACAAGAACUGGUCCAAAGGGAAAGCAAGUUCAUAUCUGCAUAUAAUAGUUGGAAGAUCCAUGUCAGAGAGGUUCGUUUAAAGUUAAAACAGGAGUGUUCUGAAAGUGAUUUGUGUGACAUGAUGGAUGGGGUUGAGAAGAGAGAAUCUGAAUUGAAAGGCCUAUAUGAUAGCAUGCGACUCCAAGCAGUACCAAGUCAAGAAAUUAGAAGAAAAAUGGAUGCAUGUUCAGCUGUGACUGCAGACUUGAUUAAAAUAAUGAAUGUACGUUUAGUGGAGGAUGGCAUGGAGUUCGAUGCUGAAGCUGAGAAGGCAAGAUUGCGUGUGUUGUUGGACUGUGAGUAUGCUAGGUCCAUAUACGGAUCCACAGUUUCUAGAGCCACAGUUUUUAGUAAUCACUCUAAACCCUCUUCAGAGUCUGCAAGCAUUUCCGCUAGAAGAGCAGAGACUGCCGCGUUGUUAGCUGCAAAGAAAGCAGAAAUGGAAAUGGAGGCUGACAUUGAUGCACAAAGGCAGCGAUUGAAGAAGCUUGAAAAUCUUAGAGACAUUGAGGUUAUGGAAGCAAGGCUUCGAGUGUAUACUGAGGAGGAGUUAAGAGUAAGAAGUCAGCAGUGUGGUUCAGCAUGUAGUGAUGUGAGCAACCCCAGUCCCCUGGUUCCUAAUACAUCAAGUUUGAGUCCGCAAGUCACAAAAGGUGAGGUAUCCGUAGUACAGGCAUUGCAAGAGUCAAUGGCCCUAUCUCGACUUCCCGUUCCAGAACCUUUUGUAUUUUUUGGUGACCCACUUAAGUUUAUAGAGUGGAGCACAACCUUUAAGGCUCUUAUAGAGAGACGGUGUCUGAAUUCAGCAGACAGGCUGUUCUAUUUGCAAAAGUAUAUUGAUGGUGAAGCAAGAUCAGUUUUGAAAGGUAGUUUUUAUAGGAAAGAUGAACAAGCCUAUCAGCAAGCCUGGGAGAAGUUAAAUGCUAGAUAUGGUCACUCCUUUGUGGCGCAACGUGCCUUUAGAGAGAAACUAAAUAGGUGGCCUAAGAUUGGUGCAUCAGAGUACGUUAAGCUAAGAGAGUUCAGUGACUUCUUGCAAUCAUGUAGUGAUGCUAUGCCGCACAUCAAGGGUCUUCAGGUGUUGAAUGAUUGCGAAGAGAAUCAGAAGAUACUAGUCAAACUUCCCAACUGGGUGACGAGUAGGUGGAACCGUUAUGUCACAAAACAGCUAGAUCAAGAUAAAGAUUAUCCAAGCUUUAGUGAGUUUGCUUCAUUUGUCUCAAAGGAAGCACGCAUAGCGUGCAAUCCUGUGUCAUCGUUGUAUGCAUUGAAGAUCUGUGAAGAAAAGCCCUUCAAGGAGAUCAAGCGUUUAAGAGUAAAUACGUUGGCAACCACGGUGAAUGAUUUAGAUGCAGCAUGUGCUAUGGCAUUGGCACCUCGACAGGUCAUCAAUGGAGGUGAUGAAGAGCCUUAUGCCAUUAAGACCGACCUGGGCUGGAGCAUCAUAGGAGGUACUCCAAAUGGUGUGAACUUCAAGGAUGUGACUAGUAUAUGUCACCGCAUAUCAGUCAGGGAGCUUCCCCUUGUGACACCUGCUGCUGUUAGAGCCCUUGAGCUGGAUUUGGUAGAUAGUCGGUUAGGAGAAAAGAGCAUAUCUCAGGACGAUGUUCAGUUUCUGCAGGUUCUAAAGGAAGGCGUUUAUCAUAAUGAAUGUGGCCAUCUUGAGAUGCCCCUUCCCUUUGAAACUAGUCCCCAACUUCCAAAUAAUAAGAAGCUUGCAUUAGUACGACUGAAGCAUCUUAAAAGGAAAUUGGACAAGGAUCCUCAAUUCAAAUGUGAUUACAGGAUGUUUAUGGAAGGUGUCUUAAGAGAUGGGGAUGCAGAAAUAGCUGAUGAGAAACUAGAUAUGGGAAAUUUGUGUUAUAUUCCACACCAAGGUGUUUAUCACCCAAAGAAGCCAAAUAAGAUCAGGGUAGUCUUCGAUUGUACUGACACGUUUAAAGGUACCGCUUUGAAUGACUAUCUAUUGACUGGGCCCGAUCUUACCAAUGGGUUGACUGGAGUGCUUUGUCGCUUCCGCAAACAUCAAAUUGCUGUCAUGUGUGACAUUGAGAAAAUGUUUAAUAGAUUUCAUGUCAUUAGGGAAGAUCAGGAUUACCUGCGUUUUCUGUGGUGGUUAAAUGGUGAUCUAAACACAGAGCCCAGAGAAUAUCGAAUGAAAGUACAUCUCUUUGGAGCAUCAUCCUCCCCAGGUUGCGCCAAUUAUGGCCUGAAGUGUCUCGCCAGCAUUGAGAGGGAGUAUCCUUUAGCUGCUAGUUUCAUCACAAAUAAUUUCUAUAUAGAUGAUAGUCUCAUAAGUCUGGAAUCCGUUGAGCUGGCAAUUAGGCUGGUGGAAGAAGCUCAGGCUCGGUGUGCUAAAGGAAAACUACACCUUCACAAAUUUGUUUCCAACAAUAGAAAAGUGCUUGCGUCCAUCAGUGAGAGUGACCGUGCUGUUGAGGUGGAAAAUGUGGAUUUCCAUAAUGAUUAUCUUCCAGUUAAGAAUGUUCUGGGAGUAAGGUGGGAUGUGGAGAAUGACGCCUUUACCUUUAAUUCUGUGCUUGAUGAGAAACCUGCCACACAACGUGGUAUUCUUUCCAUUGUGGCUUCCAUUUAUGAUACAUUGGGGUUCUUGGCUCCAUUCAUCAUAUCCGGUAAGAAGGUGCUGCAAGAGAUGUGUCAUAAGGGCAUAAGUUGGGAUGAACCACUACACAUUGAAUUGAGAUCAAGGUGGGAGAGCUGGUUGAAGGAUUUGUCUAAUCUAGAAAAGGUACAGAUACCAAUAGGUUUAACAUCUUCAAACUUCAGGAAGAUCUUGAGAACUGAGUUGCAACACCUUUUUGAUGCAAGUAGUAAAGGUUAUGGUCAGUGCUCCUAUUUCAGGCUGGUGAGUGUACCAAGGUACAUUGUGCCUUAGUUACGGGGAAAGCGAGAGUUGUCCCCACACAAGUUGUCUCCAUGCCAAGAUUAGAGUUAACAGCAGCAGUGAUUUAACUAAAAGUUAAAUUGCCUUAUCACUUUAUUCAAAUUCAGGUGUAUUGAUAUCAUGUAGGUCUUGGCAUUUUGGUCACAUGUUGAUGUGUACUGCAUUUAAUAUUAAAACAAUGUGAUAUGGUGAACAAUUUGUUCAUUUUAACUGAAGAAUGUGUAAUAAUGAAUUGUGGGGAUAGAAUCAUGUUAGUUGUUUUCAUGUAUUGUGUUGAUGCCUGGAAAUUUCCACUGAUUAUUCAAAUUGUUGCAUUCUAUGUUUAUUGAAUAGAUCAAGGGUAAUUUGGUGGGAGUGUAGCUGACACUGAUAGGUCAUUUAUGGGUUGUGUAUGAGGUAUUUGUAAUAUCAGGGUUUUGCUCCUUUUUUGUAUUUUUAAGACUUUACAAUUUAAAUAUAAUAUUGUGUAUGUGUGUCAAUUGCAUGAAUUCUGAUGUGCUUAAUUGGUGGUACUGCUAAGUUUUAUUAAAUUGAAGGUCAUGUGACCUUCCUGAUUAGAUUUAACCUGGAAGUGCUGCGAAUUGAAUGAUGAGAUUUAAACUUAGAUACACCUGUUAGAGCUCUUCACCAUUCUACUGCUGGUAACCAGGCCAACACGUUUUCACGGUGUUCCAUAUCUAUAAAUAAAACAAAUGGACAUCAGUAUUUUGGAAACAUGGACUGUUUAAUGACCAGCGAGUAGUUACA